AUGAUGCAUGUCGACUACUAUCUUUAUCUUGAGGCCAUUGCAGGAACCAAAAACCCAUACAAUAGCCAGCCAAACUAUCUACCUCAAAUCCUUUGCUCUAGCAACGUCAAUCUGGAGCUGAACACAGCCUUCCAGAAAAGUGGGUCCAUUUUUCUCGCGGCUACUGACAAGUGGACCUCUAUCCUGAAAAGCAGCGAAAUCCCGGUCCUGGUCCUGAACGGGAACGAUGAUUUCACCGUUAACACGCCGGGCCAGCUUCUGGCUAUUGAAUUUUUAGAGUGA